AUGAAGAUGAAAGACCAGAAAGACGAUGACAAUUGGGUUGACUUGUGCCAACAAGCCACCAUGUUCUUCGAAGAAUACCAAAAAAACUCCAGCACUCACACAAUCCAGAUUGCUGAGCUCACUCAGUAUGUAGUUUUGAAGCUAUCACUAUGCUACCUAUUCGAUGAUGCUAGAGAGGCACUUGCAGCGAAUCAGGCUCAAUUCGACGACAUCAAAUACAUCGGUCAGCGCAUCAACGAGCUCUGGGUUGAAAGCAAGGGAAACGAUGAUAUAGAACGACUACCAGAUUGGAGGGACGAAGAAAAGCUACACGCUGCACUCCGUCGCGUCACCCAGAUACCAAAUGUCCGGACUCGGGGGAAUCUCUCAACUGAACCACUGCGCGGGAAGAAUAACCCGAUGAACCUUCUUCUUCCUGCGUACGAAACAAUGUGGCGUGUCGUUCUUCGCUGCUUUCUUGAAGUCUGCUACCGAAACGCACCAAAUUCACCCGACUGGAUCGCCAUCUUGAAAGCAUAUGUGGGCAACCUCCGCAGUGGAGAAUGUACGCCUAAUCAUGCUUUCCACGAUAGCACCACAACUUCCAGUGGAGGAAGGACAGCUGAAAUAGUCAAAGAGGCACUCCGCCUCUAUCCGCCUACCCGCCGUGUCCACCGCUCCUUUAAUGGCCAACGUGUGGCGGCCAACAUCGAAGAGUGCCAAAGAUUCAAUCUGCUCGCAGAUCCUGACCCCCUGGUAUUCCGCCCGGAGCGUUGGAGGGAAAUUUGCUUCUCGAAACGGCAGGCAUUCUACGACCAAGCGGUGCGGACGGAAGAGGAAAAUGCAUUCGUGCCGUACAAAAAGGCAAAGGAUGAUCUCAAAGGAGCAGAGGAAAAGUUAGGGUACAUGCCAUUUGCAUACUUCUGCGCUGCAGAUCAUGCGGCGACCAAAGAGUUCGCAUCCAAGAUGAUUGGCAUGCUGGUUGGUGUGCUGUGUGAGGGCCUGAAUGGAAAGUGGGAGGUGGAGAACACAGCUAGCUUGCCAGCGUCUGGAACUCCACUAGACUCUGGUCGCGCAGCAUAUGAGGAUCUGAAAUUGAGGCGUGAGACUUGA